AUGAAUUUAAAUGACUUUGUCGUGCUUCCUAACAACAAGGCCAAAUCCGUCAAGCUCAAUGCCAGAAACCUGCAAGAACUGCAGAUGGAGACAGUGACUCUGGCCCAGGAGAGCAAUGAGAUGGAGGAGAAACUGCAACAGCUGAAAGAGAGCAUGAGUAAAGAGAAGGAGGAGAGAGGGCAUUCGGGAGGGUUUAGAUGGAAGUCUGGACAGUUUGGUUCUUUAAACAGCAACGCUGUAACAACUGGCGUGAAGAAGAACAAGGAGAACCGGCUCCAAAAGCUGUCAGCAGGCAAGGUGAAGAUCCGAGUGCUGAAGGAUGAACCACUGACGGCCCCACCUCAGCCACCGCCUCUGCCUCCACCCCCGAGAGAUAGAAGAAAGAACCGUCUGAGGGGAACACGCUGUGGACAAUGUGAAAUCAAGACUGCAGGAGUCGUGUGUGCUGAAUGCACAGAAGACUACUGCAUUGGCUGCUUUAACAAAUUCCACCAGAAGGGGGCACUGAAGCUCCACAGAAUGAUACCUAUUCAGACAGACUUACAGACUCACAUGAGUACGAGAGAUGUUGUCGGCCGCUUCCAGGAACAGAUUAACCCGAGCUCCGAUCCCGCUACCUUCACGAGUCACGCUGUGGCAAAACCUAAGCACCUGCACCCUGAUCCCAGCCAGGUGUUGACUGAGGAUCAUGGAGAGGAGACAAAGGUGGAAAUGAUUGAAAAAGGGCAGAAAAUGUCCUUUCUUAAAGGAGAGUACAAUGAGGUGGAAUCUGCAAGAUCUUUCCACGAAGCUCUCCGACAGUGGAGAGGAGAGAAGAGUGAGGAAUCAGGAGAAUCCAUGAGCGAGGAUGCAAUGUGGACACCCAUCCAACCAGUAUCUGUGUCAGUUAUGGCGACCCAGGCGGACCUCUCUCCAGACAGGGGCGCUGUAGGACGAGGAGGGGGAGAAGAGAGGGUACCUGUCAGGGUGGAGUUCACAGAAAACAGCCUUACCUACAUGGACAGAUUGCUUCUCAAGAAUCACCGCAGAACACCUGUCGAAACUUAUCGUCCACUGUUGGCCUUUGGUACGGAUUUAAAAUCACUGCCUCAAGCAAACACUGGGGAGGAGACGGCAAGCAGCUUAACAGCUCAGGAGGAGGAUAUCCGUCGCUACUGUCCAUCACUGUUUGCUUUCCCAGUCAGCAGCAGUCCUGAGCCUCAGAUUACCGCACCUGAAUCGUGCCUCGUCAUAGAAGUCAUGGAUGAGCGAGACAAAGACACACAUGGAGUUGUUGCUGAAUGGAGGACAGACAACAACAGAAAUCUUCCCUCUGUGCAGCUGGUCCUCAUUAAGGGAGCACUGGUGCCCCAAACAGCUUCAACCACUGGGUCCUCAAAGGUGAUGCACAACCAAGGUGCUGGGCCUGGAUCGGAGCAGUUCUGUGAUCCGGAUGGGUUUCGGCCUCUGGGUUUGGCCCUGAAGUCCGGUCACUCCGACACACCAGAACACACACACCGUGACCCGCUGCUCACUGGCCAAACUUCACCGCAUGAUUCAGACCCAACAGAGGGUUAUGGGCCAAGCAGCAGCUUUAAUACCUACACCGAGGAACACCUGGUUUUGAGAACAAGGAGGAACAACCGCAUGCAGCCAACUGAGAUUCUAAUUCACUCAACCGGACCCUCUAGUAGAGGAGAAAUAUCAGUAAAUGAACGAGGAACAUCUGAGUCGGGGUCCAGCCUGUGUGGCAAGUCUACACCAACUCUGUAUCACGGUCCGAAGACAAACCUUCUUCCCGUCUCUCCUUCCCUCUCCCAUUCUCCGUACCUCCCACACUCUACCAGUCCGUCCUGUCCCACAUUGGGCUCAGAACUGGGUCCGGGGUUUCCUCCGUUGUCCCGGGCAGCCCAGGAGAUCAUGGAGAUCUGUAGUGUGGACCACACGGCCUGCGAGGACCCUGACCUGGAGUCUGAUACGACUACACACGCACUCCACAUACUGGAGCAGGAACUCAUGGCAACUGAAACAUGGACGCGGGCUUCAGAAUUUGGUACGGGAGAAGAUCAGCAUUGA